AUGUCGGUCCACUUAGCACGCAAGCGCGCAAAGCGCCUGUUAAGACGAGUCAAGAAACUGCAGGCUGAGGAUCUUCCACUUACCCCAUACCUACUGCUCGAAGCAAAGUACCGUUUCCUCCUUUACAAGCGCUGCUCUCUCUACAGUAUCAAGUACGAGGAGCCGGAGAAAACGGGAUUCGAAUUCUCUGUCGCCUAUCUUCCGGAGUUCAUCUUGUCUCAGAUCGAGGCCCAAAAGCUAACCGACAUAGUCAGUACGAAGGAGUCUCUCCUGCCUAUCUUGUUCUUCAUCACCGCGUCACUCCCGCGUAAGGGCUCGGAGAAGCCAUCCUUUCCCGCCUUGUUCCGCUGGCACUGCAAACCGAGACACCGGACCUACCAUUUUUUCGCCUACCUCGACUUGAAAAUGGUCUCUAAAACCUACACCAUCAAUCAGCUCCUGGCUCUUCGGGUCAAGCAUACCCCUGCCGCAAUUAUCCUUCGCCGCAAAGGAGAGAACUCGGGCCCAAAGCAGGUAUCUGACGAAACUCAGGCUGCGGUGAAAAAUCAAGACGAUUCCGCUGCGGACGAAGUCGUUUACAAGGGCAACGCCAGCCGUCGUGCUGCAGCUGCUCUGGCCGCCACUCCAUCGACCACCCCAUCCGCCGCUCCAGCGACCGGCCCAGCUACCGGUCAGGCUGUCGCCGUAGCAACCGCUCCAGCUGCGGCUCCCGCUCGAACUGUUGUUUGCGAUAUGGAGUGGAAGUAUCGUGGCCGGAGCGCCACUGAGGCUACUGCCAACGAGCCGGUGUCGGCACCAACAGGGCUGCCUGCACAGAAGAGCGAGGGCUUCCAGCGGUUUUACAAGGCAGUUGUAUCCCCUACUCAUGUCCGCGUCACAGCUGGGGGGCGUAUCGUGCCGAACACCCGAGGACCUCCUUCACCCUCGGCGAAGCGUGUCACGGGUGAUGUGGCUGUCGACAACCAUGGGCCACCGGAGAAGCUGAAGAACACGAAGCCCAUUCCCGGCCCUCUGAACCUUGGCCCACACGGCGUGCCCCAAUACUUUCCGGCAUUCCCUCGUGGAUAUCCUCCCAUUCCAGCCUACUUGCCCAUGGCAUUUGGACCCCACAUGCACGGAGGGUUUCCCAUGCCUACUGCCGUUGGUGGACCCAUGGUUUCCCAGCCUGCCGCAGAUGGUACACUGAAGACCGGGGAUGGACAGGCCGACAAAGCGACGGAGCCGAAGAGAACUGACAAGAUCAACCUCUCUCGACCUGAUCAGUUCGACCAAACCAAGCCAUUUGUUUACAAUGGUCAAUGGAUGUUUCCGUUCCCUUCUCACUUCCCGCCUCCAAUGGGAAACCCCUUCAUGCCCGGCCCGAUCCUAGGGCCACAUUCUCUCAUGGGGCAUCCUGGCAUGCCGCCGCAUCUGGCAAACCCCCAAAAUCUAGGAGCACCUAUGAUGGCUCCUGGAGCCUUCCAUGUCCCUCCGCCUGCCCAUCCUGGAUUUUCCGGCAUGUUGCCCACAGCCGGACCCGGACCCAUCAACAAAGACUUCCAGCCACCGGUCGCUCCACCGAUCUCGUCUAUCAAGCCCAGCGACAUCACGAGGAAGCAGAUUGGGUCUUUUCGGACCUCGCUAAAAUAUCACGAGGAUCAGCUGCAGUUCAAUCGGCAUCAGAUCGACGAGAAAUUUAUGGAAAACAAGGUGAAGGCCAUCCGAGAGCAUAUCCAGCAGUUUGAAGCUCUCCUACGAACUCAAACGGAGCACGAGAAGCUGUACAACCAGAAGCGGGAGAAGACCAAGGAGGCAGAGACCGACCCCAAGCCGGCUCCUGCUGCCGUCCAGAAGGUCCCCGACCAUGAGCACCGAGACCACACUUCAGCCCCGAACCACGGACGCUUGGAGAACGGGUCUCAGCAUGAAGCCAUCAGUGCUACCAAUGGUAACAGCGGUGAGGGUGCUUUCAACCUCAACGGAUUGGCUGCCGCGUUGAAGUCUAUCGAUCUGGCCAAAAAGCUGCGCCUGCCCAGCGAUGCAGCUCUGGCCCCCCCAUUCCGACCUCGCGGGGAGAACGACAUGGUUGCUCAAUCUGACGCCAACGGCUCAGGUAUGUGUUUGGGAGUAGCGGGAUGUUGCAAGCCACUCGGGAACUCGGUUCAGAGACCAGUGUCAGCUGGUUAUGAGAAGUGGCGGAUUGUUAGCGAGAGCUCGGAUCAGACCGGCAACAGCUCGAAGACGUGGGAGGACACGGUCACCGAUCCUCUCUCCACAUCAUUGGCCGCGGAAAAGGCAAGAUUGGGCGUUCCUUACCUGGUAGGGACCCUGCCAAAGGGCGUCGACCCUAGGACUGCUCGAGACGCCGACUAUCAAUACCCACGGGAGUUGACGGAGGACGAAACCCGCUCUCGACACCUCUACUGGGGCAAGGCACCCCGAUUCGUUCGACAGGGCCUGCCAAAGUACGACGGAAAGCACUUCUACCCGCCGUCCCCAGCCAAGGAGACGAUUACGAACGGCUCGCCAGAGUCGGGUCCCAAGAUGACCCAAUCCGAAAUGGAUCCAUUCCUGUCCCUGUUUCCGGCUGGUGAGGGCAAGAAGUCAAAGGCACUUAGCACCGACGAUACAUACGCGUCUGCGCCGCAUCUCCGCUCAUUCCGCAGCCAAAUCUACGGCGGCUCUCAGGAGUUCCAAAAGGCACUCGACGAAGUCAACCAGCCUUGCGGCGGCCAUCCGCCCAAGGCCAGCCUUGCCGAAGCUGGUGCCGACUCCGGAUCUGCCAGUUCGCGUGAUAGACGAUCUGACAACCCUGUUGGGUGUAGGGGCGUCAAGCUCUUGCACACGAUGCUCCGGAAGGGCAGCACGAGCAGUGCUAUCUCAUCCACGACUGCGCAAGGUUAUCUUCCGCAGUAUGUCGGAUACGCCGCCAAAUCACUGAGCCCCUCUGUCGACAGGAAGUCUGUUUCUCCCAGCGAGGAUGGCUCUCCGGACCAGGAUCUCAGCGAUGGCGGUGCGUUGCUCAACCCAUUGCCGGACAAACGCGGAGAGAAGCGACUUUCUCAUGGCGAAGGCUCCUUGGAGGAGCAGUUUCGGAACGUUGUCUCGAUGGAUGUUGCAAACCGUGGUAACCUCUCAACGUUCAAUUUAUGAUUACGCAUGGCGACUG